AGGAGAUUUACCCGGUCUAGGUCAUACUUUGUGUUCUUGUUGUGUGUUUUAUAUUACGGGUCAAGUGUCUAGGUCAAACCCGGUCAACCCACCCAUCUAUAUUUACACCAUCAUUUUUGGCGGCACCCGUGGGACCGAUUUUUAAAGUUUUUUCGACCAGGUCAAAACUUUAACCCCACUAAAUAUCCACAAUCAUGUCUUCAAGCAACCACAACACUGUGUCAAGCCAGGCUGCGAGUGAAAGCACUCCUGCCAUCCCAUUGAUGAUGCCAGGCAUGCGGACGACCUUUGCCCCGAUCACCACGGUAGGAUCAAUUGGCAUGAUCCCAAUCAUGUCAACCCCUACUCCUGCUCCAACGACAACAAUAUUCCCAGGCUCGAUAACAACGCCUGGGGGAGCAUUCGCACCAUACCCGUCAGCUUGGGCACAAUUUGCUGCUGACCCGGCAAAUGCUCAGGCUCUACAGGGCUAUCAACAGGUGAUGGCCAUGAUGCAACAGACAGGGGGCUUCAUGCCAUUUGCCUAUCCUGGCAUGACGCCACCAAUUAUGCCACCCCCGGUGUCGACUCCAUCAACAGUCGUUCCAAGGAUGGUCCCUGUGCGCUCGGUGAAUUUGACAGGGAUCAUGAACGAGGCAGCACCCUCAAAUGUUCACGAGGUGGACGAGGCGGAGCAAGAGGUGGCCCGCAGAAGGAAGGGUAAGGCUAUAGUCAAGCCUAGCAAAACUCGAGAUUCGGCGUUCAAACGCCUAGGGGACAAAGAGGAUGGACCCCGCAAGUCUGCCAAGCUACGUCUUGGUCCUGAGAUGGGCCGGACUAGCGCAAUUGAAAGGCUUGCACAGAUGGCCGGGUGCAUUGAUGCUGAGGAGUGCUUGCUCUUCUUCUCAUCCUUGAGAGGGAGGCCUGUGGAAUGGUUUAAUGGCCUUCCCCAUGGCAGGAUUGGGUCCUUUGAGAAAUUUGCCAAUGUUUUCCGCAAGAAGUACCAGGAUAACUGCAUCAAGAGGAAGAAGUUCACCUACCUUAACACGACGGCCAUGUCUUUACUGAUGAAUGCCUUCCGGUCGGGUGACCUCUACACUGAAUUCUGUAGAAGGCCACCCUCCUCUUAUCAAGAAGCCUAUAACACGGCAUGGGAAUACGCCGAGGCGGAGGUCCUGAACAAGAGCAAGCGGGAGCUAGAGGAAGGCCAUACAAAGGUGAAAUCUGACAAGCCGAAGAAGGAUGACCAGAUGGGAGGGUCCAAGCCAAAGGCCACAUAUGACGGGUCCAUCCACCAAAUAAGGGAUGAGAAGAAAGGAGAACAACACAAGCGGCCUUGGACAGAGAAGUGGUGCACCUACCACCAAUCCGACUCUCACAACACGACAGAUUGCCGGAAUGUGAGGGUCGUGCUUAGGGAGAUGACCUUGAAAGGGGAAUUGGGUGAAAUAUUAUAUUCGUUACGGGGCUUGAGGAAGACCCAUAGGCGAGUACUUGAAUCCACCCAAAUGAAUAUGAUCAGGGAAAGAAGAGAGGGUGGGGCCAACGGUGGCUACACAACGGACAUUGUAGUGCGUGGACCAGAUUUGGAUAACGACGACAUUUCUGCUGUUGAAUUGUCUGCAAAUGAUAUUUGCACCAACCUUGAUUUCCAAGUUGUAACUCGUUUUGACCCAACUAAAAUUGAGUUGGAUGCGAUUUAUGAGAACAAGGGCUACUUGAUAUACCAUCUCAAAAUGUUGGCAAUCUCUAACCUGUUCCAGUUCCAUACUAAGAGGUCGACUAAGAAGCUUCUCCACGUCGUUUGUGUGGAAAACAGGUAUGACCAUGAACAUCAAUGCCCAAUUGAUGCACGCCAGGGUAGAACACGUCAAGCUACGUAUGAUAUCAUUGCUGAUUUAGUCAAAUACAAGUACAGUGAUGCUACCAACAAACCAUACCCGCCUAAGGCCAUUAUGACGGACAUGUGUAGGGAUCACGGCAUUUCCAUGUCAUACAAGAAAGCAUGGUCUGCUAAGAAGAGAGCAAUGCAGCUUGCAUUCGGUAGUGAUGCAGAGUCGUAUGCCAUGCUGCCAGCCAUGUGUUACAUGCUCGAUCGGGCAAAUCCAGUGCAAUACAUUUUAUCUGACCGUCAUGGUGGGAUCAUCAAGGCUGCUAAGGCACAUUUCCCCCGUGAUUAUCAUCAACCUGUAUUUGCCAUCAAAAAGUAAGAGCAUGUUAGUAAAUCUAAUCCACACACAUGAAAGAUGUAGUCCACACAUAAGAACUGUCUAACAUAUUUUAAUGUUCAAAAAAAGUUAUCCGGCUAUACUGUCCCUA